AUGGAGGACUCGCUGCAAACGGCGAGUGGAAUGCUAGAACCACGCUCGGCCAAGCUAGCAGACUAUCGAGCAGCAGACGCACAACACCACGAUUCACAUACACAAAUACUCGAGCAAUACGUAGCACUCAUUGAAGAGUACAAGCGUCUCAAGUCGGACUACGAAGAAGAACGGGAUUCUCGCGAACGCUACAAACAGCUCGCUCGUGGCCAGGAACGCAACCCCUUUGUCUUGGUUCUGGUGGAUGGCGAUGGCUACAUCUUCGAUGACGACCUCGUUAGUAAUGGAGCCGAAGGAGGACAGCGUGCUGCUCACUUACUAGACGAAGCCGUCAAGAGGAGUCUGCGAGAACGUGGACUAGAAAACUGUCGGGUUAUGGUUCGAGUCUACGCAAAUAUGGUCGGUCUAUCGAAGGUGCUCAGCAGAUCCAAACUAGUUGGGCCAGAGAGACGGUCAUUGGCUCCCUUCAUAGCCAAUUUCACGAGAUCGAUGGAAAUGUUCGAUUUCGUGGAUGCUGGCGAGCUGAAGGAGAACGCCGACUUUAAAAUCAGAGCACUCUUCCAUCAGUUCGUUGAGAAUGCGCAAUGCCGUCACAUUUUCUUUGCUGGCUGCCAUGACGUGGGCUACAUCAACGAGCUCACCCCAUACGCUUCGAGUCGGGAGCGUUUGACGCUUAUUCGCCACCCGGCUUUCCACCCCGAGUUCAAGAAGCUGGGUUUGCGUAUUGAGGAGUUCUCGAACAUAUUCCGGACCACUCCUCUUGAAGGCGGAUAUGUCCACCAUGCAACUGCUGUUGCCCAGCAAAACCCAUCUGUGACACCUUCACCAUUCAAAAAGGCUGCCGCGUAUCAAAGCCACGACAAUGAUACAGGAGCCAAUUCUCAGCAAGUAUGCAGGUUCUUCCAAAGUGGGAACUGCAAGUACGGCGAUGAGUGUCGCAAUCUACACAUCAAGUCAAAGCCCAAUGGCUCGACUAAGCCGAGCUACGGCGGACUGGAGGACGUCAAACAAUGGCGCAACUCUGGAACGUCAACCCUGCCAUUUGGAAUGAACAACUUAGCCAAAAGCGACAACGACUUCAUGGCCGGCAACGCCUCCUUCAUGCAAACCCCAAAAUCAACAAAUAAGACCUCGGCACCAUCCACGAACGGAGAAGUCAUCGACUUUGCCGCCAUCCUUCCCGACUCCAUCCCGGAAAACAAAAUUGCAGUGAACAAAACCGACCACCGCAUCGAUCCCUACGACGGCUCAUACACAGCUCAAGACUUCGCCAUCUUCAGUUCCCGCACCGUAAAGAGGAAAUUGUGUAACCUCUACCACAUCGCCGGUUACUGCGCCGCAGGUUCCGAAUGUCCCUACGACCACGAUCCGGCAAGCGAAGGCGUUCUUAACGACCUCCGUCAUGCUUGCCGAAGCGCCCCAUGCCCUAGAAAGGGCGCUUGUCGACGAGCGGGAUGUACCCAGGGCCAUAUCUGUCAGAAGAAGAAUUGUACCAAGCGAGGUGGGAAGGUGGGCUGUAAGUUCAAUCGGGAGUUUCACGCGCAGAGUUUGAGGGUGGUGAGGUUUGUUGAUGCGCUGGCUUUGGACGCGAGGGAGAAUAACAAGGAUGUGGAGGGGAGUCGUGCGUCGGCUGAUGGGGAGGCGAGUGAGCGCGAUACUACGCCCUGGGGUGGCCGUAGUGAGGUGGGAGAUGAAGGCGAAGCUGAGGGCGCUUUGCUGGAUUCUGGAAAUGGAGAACAAGUAUCGCUCGACUAG